AUGACAGAAGCAAAUGGAAAUCCUCCUCCUCCAAUAUUUCAACUGUUAUGUGACUUCAAUCUUGGGAAAUUGAUGAUGGGCCACCUUGUGAACCUUCUCCAUGGAACUGUCUUCUUCAACAAAUUUUGUUUCAAUGACUUUCCCAAGUUGUUUAAGCAAAGAAGAUAUUCUCAUACUGGAAAGUUUGCCAAGAUUCAUGAGUUCAAUGGUGUCCCACUGGCUUGGCAAGGCACUGGGGACUUAGCAAAUCAUGUUGCGGACUUGUUUAACCAUGAGAUUAACUUUAGUAAUGGUGGAGAGUUGAAUGGUAUUCCUCAUAUACAAACUCUUAGAGCAUUUCCUAGGGAGGAGCUUUAUGGAAAAGUUCUCAUGGUCAGAUUUGAUUCUAACAUAUUACUCAAGCGAGAGUGUGACAAGAAGAAUCAAUCAGUUUAUAAUGCAGUACAUACAAUUAAAUAUUUGCAUAGAGCUGGAGCAAAGAUCAUCUUGGUCAGUGAUUGGAAUAUGAAUACUCCAGAUCUUCACAUAGACUCAGUUGCAGUGCUUCUAGCAAUUCUAGUUUAUUUAAGGCAAGGAAAGACAGAAGAAACUUAA